AUGGAAGGGCUGAUUUACAGCAUGGCCAAGGACUACCUGAUCGAGCAUUCGGGUUACCCGUCAGAAAUGAAGACACGUCGAAUGUACGAUCCACGCUUUGCUGUUCGAGGGCUAGCGGUAGAUGUAGACCGAGGAUGGGUGCUGAAGCUUAGCUACAUACACCAAAUAGCACUCCGGACAGUAUUCUGUGGGCGUCGGCGCCUGAGCAAAGAGGAAGUGGUGGCUGCGUACGGCGACGGUGCUCAUGUCUCUCCACAAUACCGGAACAACCACAUGAAACCGCUUCUGGAUUUGUUUGCCUUGUCGGAGGCUUGUCUAGUUGCGGAUGUCCUGGAUUACUUGAACGAGUUGAAUAUUCACCAUGACCGGCAGGCAGUAGUGGAAGACGUCUUACAAGCAAUCAGUCAUGUCCACACAAGUGGAGAGAUGCACAAGACCGUGGUGCGAGACCCUCCCACCUACAUGCUACCCUCUCCACACCUGCGCGAAACAUUGAUGCGUUUCCGCGAUGUUGGGAAAAAGCUGUUUCUGUGCUCCAACUCCAAUUUUGAGUACGUUUCUGGCGGCCUGCAAUUUUUGCUGGGGGCGGACUGGCAGGAGUUCUUUGACGUGGUCAUCGUCUCUGCGGGAAAGCCAGGGUUCUACACAUCCAACCGACCCUUCCGUCAGGUAGACAAGCGUACGGGGAAGAUUCGCUGGACGGAAGUGACCACAUUAGAGAAAGGGAAGGUCUAUUCGCACGGCUCCCUGGAAGGCCUGACCAAAUUGACGGGCUGGCAGGGGCCGCGGGUCUUGUACAUCGGCGACCAGAUCUGGGCGGACCUGGUGGGGGGUCGACGGAAUCAGGGAUGGCGCACUGGAGCCGUCAUUCGAGAGUUGGAGUACGAGUUGGUGGUGCAGCAGUCCAAAAAAUACAGGCAGUACGCCCAUCAAGCCGUCACGGUCACGGAACUGCUGCGCCUGGUUCAGGAGGAAAUGGAGAAGAUCCGGACCGAGGCCACGCAGGCGGCCGCGAAGACCGACCGGGGGGGGGGAAGGUAA